UGAAGUACGUCGUGUUUAUAUCUACUUGCAUAUAUCGAGACUAGAGUGAGUGGGCCAGCAGCGUGCGUGCGAGCGGGCGAACAAGAGAGAGUGUAGAGUUUAAGUACUAUUACGGGAGACCCUUUAGAAUAUUAGCCUGCAUCGAAUCAACAACAACAAAUUGAAUUAAAUGACACAAACAGCAAUAAAUGUGAAAGAAUUAGCCGGCCGGCAUGACAAUCGUAUAUCAACACAGCGACACACACACACACACACACACACGCACAUACAUAUUUAAUUGUAUAGCAAAAUGCGACACUGAAAUGAAUAUGUAAAAACAGAAGAAAAAAAAAAAAACACGAAAAAACGUUGCAAAGCAAACGAAAAGAACGACAACAACAACGAAUAACAACAAAAAACGAUUCCAACAAGACCUAAAAACAUAUUGUGGGUCAAAUAAUUGCACAUUGUUUGACUAUGUUUUGGCGCCAACAUGAACUGCAGCAACAUCAUCAGCAACAUCACCAGCAGCAGCAACAGCAACAGCAACAGCAGCAACAGCAAAAGAUUCCCAAUUCAUUUGCCAUUCAGAAUCCAACACGAAGUUUCAACUUUAGUCUUAUCAAUUUGAAAAUUGCUGUUAAUGUUAAUACAAAAAUGUCAGCAAAUCGGCCACGAAAUGAUCAGCAGGAAAUGUUUUCUAAGGUUAAGACCAAUACAAACGAUUGGUUGGAGAGAGCUAAAACAAAUUUAAGUCAAAUUGGCGGACAUGGCGGCAUAUCGACCAUUUUGAUAAUAAAUAUUUUAUUCCUAAUUCUACUAUCGAUCUGCUGUGAUGUCUGUCGUUCACAUGGCGAUGGCCCACAAUUGUCAUCAUCACCAUUGAUGGCCUCAUCGAACUAUACAACAACAAAUGGAAAUGGACGCAUUCAGCUUAAAGAUCAAUUGGAUUUUCUGCCCAAAUUGGAUAGCGAUGUGGUCGAAAAGGUGGCCAUUUGGCAUAAGCAUGCGGCAGCAGCUCCUCCCAGUAUUGUGGAGGGUAUUGCCAUCAGUAGCAUAGCUCGACCAAUUGGCUCCUCGGGAUCCUCCUCUGCGGCCAGCCACGAGACUAGCCACCCGGAGCGACAAAUGGAUAACGAGGACAGUGUAAUCUUGGGUGUGGGCAUGGAUGAACGCAUAGCUCUGGAGCGUGUCACACGGGAUUGUGUGCAACGUUGUAUUGUUGAGGAGGAUCUGUUUCUGGACGAGUUUGGCAUCAAGUGUGAAAAGGCCGACAAUGGCGACAAGUGCUAUAAGACACGAUGCACAAAGGGUUGCGCCCAAUGGUAUCGUGCCCUCAAAGAACUGGAACCAUGCCAGGAGGCCUGCGCAUCGCCAUUGCAAUUCUAUCCUUAUGAUCUGCCUUGUAUUGGGGCCUGCGAGAUGGCCCAACGUGACUAUUGGCAUUUGCAGCGUUUGGCCAUAGCCGAAUUGGUUGAGAGCACUCAACCGCAGUUUGUAAGGGCGCCAAGUCGAGAGCAGCAAACGGCACCGUUGAUUCUCAAAUGGGAUAUGCAUUUUCCGGAAAACUAUCUGGCCAGUCGACCAUUCAACAUUCAAUACAAAUAUGUGAAUUCCAGUAAUGCGAGCGAAAAGGACGAGCACGAUGAGGAGGAGAAACAUGGGAAAGUCUAUCGGAAAGCCUAUCGACAAAAUGAAUGGUUCAAUUUGGCCGACUAUGACUGCGAUGAGUAUUAUGUAUGCGAAAUACUUGAGACUCUAAUGCCAUAUACACAAUAUCGGUUUCGUUUCGAAUUGCCUUUUGGUGAAAGUAGCGAUGAGAUUUUAUUUUCACCUGCCACUCCAGCCUAUCAAACUCCUGCCGAGAAUGUUCCAACAUCGGCGCCAAUUAUCGAUCAUUUGUUUGCUCUGGAUGAUGGCCAUGUAGCCGUGCAUUGGCAUGAUGGUCGCUUUACAAAUGGACCUAUUACGGGAUAUCGCCUACGUUUAGCUAGCCCUGGAUCCAACCAAAGUGACGAACAGACUGUUCCAGCUAAUCAGAAUAGUUAUAUGUUUGUGGAACUGCGGCCCAUGACGAAUUACACAUUGGAAUUGUCGAUGAUAAAUGAGCAGGGCGAGGGACCAGUAGCCAAGGCCAGCGUUGUGACCAAAAUGGGAUUGACUAAGGAUCAGGGGCCUGCUGCUCUAUUGGUAGUAGGACGAAAGAGUAUCAUAUGGCAAGUUCUGGAGUUGGCUGGAGAGUCCCGUGUGGUCUAUCGCAGUCAACAGACAAUUGUCGAUGUGGCCUGGUCACACAAGGAUCAACGCCUUUUUGUCCUGGAUACGAAUGGAGAGUUGCGAACCCAGACGCUUGAUCAGGCACCGAGCAUGCAGCUCUCAACGUUGAUUGUGUUGCCGAAUUCCUCCUGGAUUCCUCAUAAGCUUAGCCUGGACACGCUUAAGCUUCGCCUCUAUGUGGCCGUGGAGCUACCGAAGCAGGAAUACGCUAUACUUAGUAGCACAACGAAGGGUUCCAUGGUUGAGAUGUUGGUGCAGAAUCUACAUCAACCCGUUGAGCAACUGGAAGUGGAUGCUCUUAAUGGCUGGCUUUUCUGGACAGAUGCUCAGGGCUUGUGGCGUUUGGAUCUUGCUAGCAAGGAGCGUCUACAGCUUUAUCAAACCUCCAAUCGGCUUGGUCGGUUUAUCCUGGAUAUACCACAUUGGUUCAUUCACUUGCUGUUGCCGGAUGAAGAGCAACUUUUGUCACUUAGCUACGAUGGAAAUUGGCGAAGGCCGAUACAACUUUCCCCUGGCCAUUGGCAGACUUUCACUUUGCUAGCAAAGUCCUUACUAAUGGCCGACGACACUCAAUUGCAUUUAAUGGAUUUGCCAAGUGGGGAGAAGAUUUCCAAGUGGUCAUUAACAGAAACGAACGAUUGUUGGGCUCUGGUACCAUUGAUGCCGGAACGAGAGCGAAUUGCCUUGGACACGGGGAUACCGCGACAGCUGGUCGCAUUGCUGGGCUCCCAGGCAGCUCAUAUCUCAUGGAAGAAGCCUGCCAGAAAUCCGUAUCAGUCGCGGGCAGCGGCUAACAAUCUCAGCUAUGAACUAGAAGUUUUGGACGUCGCCAGUCAAAGUGCCUACAAUAUACGAAACAUUCGUAGUCCCAGCUUUGGCCUGGAGCGUCUGCAACCCGAUAAUCUCUAUCAGCUAAGAGUGCGGGCCAUCAAUUCGGUGGGAAAGGUAGGCGAAUGGACACCUCCAUACGCGGCACGUACAUGGCCAUUGGGCCCACAUCGCUUCCGAUGGGCCACCCAAUCGGGUGAGCUGUAUGAAACCAAUGAAUUGGGUCAAAACCUCAACAAAAUGGAGAAUGUGAAGCUAGAGUCUCUACCUGGAUCUCUUGCCAUGGUCAAUACCAGCUCUGGUUACUAUGUGAGUGGCGAUGGGGUAAUGCGUUGCAUCAACUUGAUCCAACCACAAAUGAAAUGCGUCGUUGAUGUUGCAAUUCCUCAUGUGGGGGCUGUGGCCUAUGAUUGGCGAGGCGGACGCGUCUACUGGACGGAUUUGGGGCGCAAUUGUGUUAUCCGUCUGGAUCCCUGGACAGGGGUACGCGAACUAUUGCCCAUUUUUGGAGCCACAGAUCUGGCUCUGGACCCGCAACAGGGUCACCUGUAUUACACCACUGCCAUGCAUCUGAAACGUCGUGGCCUUAGCCCACAGCCUGGUAAAAAUGAAGAGGUGGAAUACUAUCAUCUAAAUGGCCUGGAGGGUAGCAUCGAUUCAUUUACCUUGGAUCUGAAGCAACAUUACGUUUAUUGGGUGGUCAAGGGAUCCGGAGCCAUGCGAAUCUAUCGCUCUCCCUUGGUCGUGGGCAGUGGCCAGCCGGAAGAAGUUCAACUGCUACUCACUUCGGAGCCCCAGAUGGAGGCUAUGCCAAAAUCUUUGCAACUACUUCAACCGCUGGGAGCUCUUCUUUGGGUGGAACGAAGUGGACGUGGAGCGAGCACAAUGCGUUUGCCUGUUGUUGCUGUUGGUCAGGAUCCAAUGCCGUUGAUAGCACAGGGCUUGGAACAGGAACUGGUCAGUGCAGUGCAAUUGUUAGAUGCGAAUUCCCCGUCUUCCAUUCCAGAUUCGGGGGUUAUUCCCUUGGCUGUACCUCCAGACAGUUUGCGCAUCGAUGAUGGCCACUGGGAUGACUUUCAUCUUCGCUGGCAACCAGCUGGAAGUGGUGGCAAUCACACUGUCUCCUAUCGCUUGCUUCUCGAAUAUGGACAUCGCCUGCAAACCCAUGACCUCUCGACGCCAUUCGCUCGCAUUCUGCAGCUACCGCAGCCCCAGCUCAAUCUCAAAGUCUGCCUAACUCCACAUACGUCCUGGCGAGCCGGUCCCACCACUUGUGUGGAGUUGACCACGCCGGCUGCUGCCCCUACCCAGCCACGUCGGCUGCGGGUCUUUGUGGAGCGGCGAGCCAAACCACUGCAGACAACCAAUAUCAGUGCGCUGCUGCGUUGGGAUGCGCCCGAACAGGCACCGAUCCAGGCUCUCGAAUACCACAUCAGUUGUUGGCAAGGUUCCGAACUUCAUUCGGAGCUGCUGCUCAACCAGAGCGCUCUGGAGGCACGUGUUGAGCAACUGCAGGCGGAGGUAACCUAUCGUUUUCAGGUGGAAGCCCAUGUGGCUGCCACUGGAGCGGCAGCCGGAGCCGCCAGCCAUGGUCUUCACGUGGCACCCGAGGUGCAGGCAGUGCCGCGUCUCUUGUAUGUGAACUCUGAGUUUAUUGGCGAAUUGGAUCUGGAUACGCGUACCCGCCGACAGAUUGUCUACACAUCCAGCCCCGUGGAACAUCUCGCUGUGAUGGAAGGCGAACAGCGUCUGCUCUGGGUUAAUGAGCAUGUGGAGCUGCUUACUCAUGUGCCGGGUUCAUCGCCAGCCAAGCUGGCGCGCAUGCGAGCCGAGGUUUUGGCCCUCACCGUGGAUUGGGUGCAGCGCAUGGUCUAUUGGGCCGAACUGGAUGCUGUUACCCCACAGGCUGCUGUCAUCUAUCGUCUAAAUCUGUGCCUCUUCGAAGGACGUAUACUGCAAGGCGAACGCAUGUGGAGUACUCCUCGUGGCUAUCUACUAAAGGAUUUGGUGGCUCUGCCACAUAGUCAGACUCUGGUUUGGCUUGAACAUGAGCUCGACUCUCGCAAUGCCACAUUGCAGGGUCGUAGUCUAGUGAAUGGAUCUCAUAUAUCCUUCGAGAUCAGCUCGCGUGCUCCGUUGAUGCGUCUCUUUGAGGGCAGCCUGGAACCGGGAGCCGAGACGCUAAACCUAGUCGACCAUCUGGGUAAACUGUGUGUCUACGAUGUGGCGCGGCAACUGUGCACAGUGACUGCCCUACGGACACAGAUGAAUUAUCUAAACGAUGACGUAAGACAAUUGGCCCAAGAUGCCGGCUAUUUGUAUGCCCUGCGCAAUGGUAGCAUUCGUGCUUAUGGCAGACGGCGACAGCAAUUGGAAUAUCUGAUUGAGCUAGAGAAGGAGGAAGUGCGCUUAUUGCAUGCCCACAACUAUCAGGCUUAUCCGGAGAAGCGUUGUCUACUUCUGCCACCCAUGGCUAGCCUGGAGAAAGCGCAUUGUCAGGAAACACAAUGUCUGGUUAAGCUACCCGCUCUCUAUGCUGCUUCGGAGUGCCAACUGCCUGUUCCUGGUUUGCGAUAUACCCUACAAUCCCGCGACGGUGGCCAGUGGGAAGGCAAUGCCGGAGACACUAUAAAUAUUACCGAUCUACAUCCUUACACCAAAUAUCAGUUGCGAAUAAGUUUGUGGAGCUAUUAUCAGAAGCGUUCAGGAGGUAAUGGAUCUGAGUCGCUUCAAUUGCCCAUUCUAGAGAUGCAAACGGCUCCUGAUACACCGACGGCUCCGAGAAACUUUACUGCCCGUGUCUUGAGUCCCAAUGAAGUUGAGAUUCACUGGCUGGAACCCCAGCAAAUGCGUAGCGAAGGUGUCUAUUAUAUGCUCUACUGGCAGCUUGAAGAGCAAGAUCAUCCAGAUCGAGGAGAACGACGCAUAGAGUCUUCGGGUACUCAUCGGCUAACGGGUCUGCAACCUGGCUCUAGUUAUCAGUUAUGGGUGCAGGCUCAUGCAACGCCAGCUAAAUUUAAUAUGACCUCACGGCUGCAUGUGAAAACGUUUGAGGGUUUGGCCGAUCUCCAGUUGAUUGAGUUGGGUGCUUAUGGAUUAACCCUUACUUGGGAGGGCACCACAGAUCCCUUGAGUUCUCUGUUCCUUGAAUGCGAAUCGAUCGCGGGUAAAUUGCAGGUCGAUGUGAUUGAAAACUAUUCACGAAUAGUAAUUGAAAAUUUGGAGCCAAAGACGCGUUACGAUUGCCAUUUGGCCCUCAGCUAUGUUUUGUCUAGUCCGGGACCAGUUGUGGUCUAUCAUUCGGCUGGCCAUGUGUACGAGACUUUGAGCGAUGCACCUAGUGCCCCCGGAAAGCCACAAUUUGAGCAUAUUGCCGGCGAGAUAUUUCGUUUGAGCUGGAGUCGAUCACGGGACAAUGGAUCACCAAUUCAACUCUAUAAUCUGGAGGCCCUUCAGGCUCGUCGCAGUCUCUCGAAUCGUCGUCGACGUCGCGAUGUCUCACUAUCCAUUCUACCCUGGGCGGAGGAGCCCAUGGUGAUGGAAGAUCAAUGGCUAGACUAUUGCAAUACCACAGAACUGAGUUGCAUUGUCAGAGAAUUGCAUACGAAUCGCUUGCUCCUCUUUAGAGUUCGUGCACGCAACGAGGAACAUGGCUGGGGUCCAUACAGCGAGGAUAGCGAGAGAAUAGCCGAACCCUUCGUAUCGCCCGAGAAGCGAGGAUCUUUGGUCUUGGCCAUUAUAGCGCCCGCCGCCAUUGUAUCAAGUUGUGUGCUGGCUUUGGUUCUGGUUCGAAAAGUACAAAAGCGUCGCUUACGCGCCAAGAAGUUACUUCAGCAAAGUCGUCCCAGUAUUUGGAGCAAUCUGUCUACAUUGCAGAACCAGCAACAGCUUCUGGCUGCCCGCAAUCGUGCCUUCUCCAUAACCCUAAGUGAUGCGGAUAUUGCCCUCUUGCCACAAAUUAGUUGGAGCCAAUUGAAAUUGCUACGUUUCCUGGGCAGUGGAGCCUUCGGUGAGGUCUAUGAGGGUGAACUUCAGCUUGAGCACGAGAAGGAGCCGCAACGUGUUGCGAUCAAGAGUCUCCGCAAGGGAGACUCUGAGUUUGCCGAACUGCUGCAGGAGGCUCAAUUGAUGAGCAACUUUAAGCACGAGAAUAUUGUUUGUCUGAUUGGCAUAUGCUUUGACAGCGAUUCCAUAUCUUUAAUUAUGGAGCAUAUGGAAGCGGGAGAUCUAUUAAGUUAUUUACGAGCGGCUCGUAGCAAUUCACAGCAGCCACAACCUGAUUUGAUACUAUCCGAUUUGAUUACCAUGUGCAUUGAUGUGGCCAAUGGAUGCACUUAUCUGGAGGAUAUGCAUUUUGUUCAUCGCGAUCUGGCGUGUCGCAACUGUUUGGUUACCGAAACCCAAACGGAUGACGCCGGCCAUUCUCGUCGCAUGGUGAAAAUUGGUGAUUUUGGUCUCGCCCGCGACAUCUACAAGAGCGACUACUAUCGCAAGGAAGGCGAGGGCCUGUUGCCAGUGCGUUGGAUGUCACCCGAGAGUCUAGUCGACGGUGUCUUCACCACACAGUCCGAUGUAUGGGCAUUCGGUGUCCUAUGCUGGGAAAUUCUGACAUUGGGACAACAGCCGUAUGCAGCUAGAAAUAAUUUCGAAGUCCUGGCCCAUGUCAAGGAUGGUGGACGACUGCAGCAGCCAGAAAGCACACCCGAUAAGCUCUAUGGCUUACUUUUACAGUGUUGGCGCACUGAUCCCUGGGAGCGACCGAGCUUCAAGCGUUGUUUCAAUAGUCUACAUGCCAUUAGUACUGAUUUGAGGCGUUCCCAAAUGCCGACCAAGAGUGCGGAUAGUACCACUUGCAUCUCAUCAUCUUCCGCCAGCGGCCAAGGGAAUGGGUCGUCCAUUAAGCCAGAGACAAAGGUGCAUUUUGAUAAGGAGACGGAACAAAUGUCCUUAGAACCCAUCAGUGAAACCAAAUUAUAUGCCAACGAGGGCAUCUCGAGAUUGUAACAAAAUGUGGUAUAAUGCUUUAGCUUUUAAUAAAUUCCUGCUUUUUUUUUUAUUUUUUUGAUACUUUAGAAAUAAGUACUAAAUCUAAGUUAACUAAUAAACGACCAGUCCAAAAUUA